AUGAAGAAAGUUGAUGCCAACCCCACGACCAAGAGUAACAUAGAGAAGAUUGGUAACUUCAAAGUUAAGGGAGAUCAGGAGGAGGCUGACAAAGGAGUGCUCAAGUUUGUUUAUGAUGUGUCAGCUGAAGAGAAGGAGACCAUUGUGGAUAGUAAAAAUUUCUUCACUAGUCGAAAAACAGUUUGGUCACUUAAACCUAACGGAUGGGUUGAAGAUGAUAUUAUCAAUUUGUUUAGUGACUAUCUAUUUCUAGGACGCUUCCCAAGCAAUAGAUGUUGUUACUUCACAACAUACUUUUGUCAGAAGAUGAAAAGUUAUAAUGACAGAGACAUGUGUGGAGAUUCGGCAAGGGCAGUUUCGAAGGGUUUGGGUGUACAGAGAUUUGAGAAUGGCAUACCUGAGUGCGAGAAGUUGCAAACACUGGACAUUAUCUACCACCAUGUGGAGUUCAAAGUCAAGAAUGUUGUGAAGAAGUUUUCUGACUUCCAUGUAUUCAAGCUGGCUCAAUGCUCGAAACAAGAGGGCGGUUCUGACUGUGGGGUGUAUGUGAUCAAACACAUGCAAUGUUAUGGAUAUGAGUGGUGGCAUCAGUUUAACUCAGAAGAGGUACGCAUGGACUUAACCAUUGAAUUGGUAAGGAACAAAUUCAAUGAGUGCUGGAAAUGGAUUAAGGAAGCCAUCAAAACUCGGCCACCACCAAUAUGUUCUACACCUAAGAUGGCACAAAGGGAAACUAAAGCAGAAUCGAAGAAAGGGACCGUGAAGAACCCAAUCGUCCAACCACCUCACAUUAGAGCUCAAUCCAAGAGGGGUGUGGCAUCAAAUGUCCGUCAUAGCAGAUGAGGGAAGGUUGCAGGAUUUUGUGAUUUUGGAAUGUAGUUUACUUAGGUUUUUGUGGUUUUGUGGAAGACUUGUAGGUUUUUGAGAUGUAGUUCAGUUCACUUGUAGGCUAAGAAUGUAACAC